CGCCUCAAUCUUUUGGGCGCCGCGGACGAGGAAGCAACGUGAAUUUUCCAGAUUUCAGAAAAGUAGUUCCGACCGCUCCGCGCUGCCACCUAACAAUCUCGUGCUCCAUGUGUGCUCUUUUUGCAAUUGAUUUUUUUUCUCGAAUGUAGUGCAAAAUAAUAACAGUUGAACAACAACAGUUAACAAGCAAGAAAUCUCCAAUAUAAAGUAACUAGCGGAAUCGAACGGACACCCAAUCCCGUGGCAAUAGCAGCAGCAGCAGCAGCAAAAAGAAAUACGGCAACAACGGCGACUUCGAGGAGGCCAGCGCUCAUUUAUUGGUCUUACAAAACUAAAAAAGGAAGAGAGGCCUGGACCAGUUUGAGAGAGGAAGAAGGAGAUUGAACGAGAGGAGGCAGCGCCGUGUAGAGCGCAGGCGCGUAAAUCCAGGAUUCGAAGACCAGCGAGAGAAAUAGAAGGCGCAUAUUAAUUCCUUAAUUAUCUGGCCAUCGAGCAGCCAAAUACAAACCCGUGGAAAACCUCCCUCAUCCCCAACACCCCUCAACGACCCGGCUCUAAUCAACUAAACAGAAAACAAUGGACUUUAUGAUGGCCAACACAGGAGCCGCCGGCGGAGUGGACACACAGGCGCAACUGAUGCAGAGUGCAGCCGCUGCUGCGGCCGUGGCAGCCACUAGUGCAGCCACCGCUCCGGUACAGAAUGCGGCCGCUGUCGCCGCCGCCGCCCAGCUCCAGCAGCAACAACAGGUGCAGCAGGCGAUCCUGCAAGUUCAGCAGCAGCAGACACAGCAAGCGGUGGCCGCGGCCGCCGCCGCCGUCACGCAGCAGCUCCAGCAGCAGCAGCAGGCCGUGGCCCAGCAACAGCAGGCACAGCAGCAGCAGGCGCAGCAAGUGCAACAGCAAGUCCAGCAGCAGCAGGCGCAGCAGGCGCAAGUGCAGGCAGUGGUGGCGCAGCAGCAAGUGCAGCAGCAGGUCCAGCAAGCGGUGGUGCCCCAGCCGCAGCCUCCGCCGAACACCAACGGCAAUUCCGGAGUGCCGCAGAACGGGAGCAACGGCAGCACGGAGACGCGCACAAACCUGAUUGUCAACUACUUGCCGCAGACGAUGACGGAGGACGAGAUCCGCUCGCUUUUCAGCAGCGUGGGCGAAAUCGAGUCCGUAAAGCUGAUACGUGACAAGUCGCAGGUCUACAUCGACCCGCUGAAUCCGCAGGCGCCCAGCAAGGGCCAGAGCCUGGGCUAUGGCUUCGUCAACUACGUGCGGCCGCAGGACGCUGAGCAGGCAGUCAACGUGCUGAAUGGGCUCCGUUUGCAGAAUAAAACGAUUAAGGUCUCCUUUGCCCGGCCCUCUUCGGACGCCAUCAAGGGCGCCAAUCUGUAUGUUUCUGGGCUGCCCAAGACAAUGACUCAGCAGGAGCUAGAGGCUAUCUUCGCGCCCUUCGGUGCGAUCAUCACGUCGCGUAUCCUGCAGAACGCCGGCAACGACACCCAGACGAAGGGUGUCGGCUUCAUACGCUUUGACAAGCGCGAGGAGGCCACUCGGGCCAUAAUCGCCCUGAACGGCACAACGCCUUCCAGCUGCACGGAUCCCAUUGUGGUGAAGUUCUCCAAUACGCCCGGCAGCACCAGCAAGAUCAUACAGCCGCAGUUGCCCGCGUUCCUCAAUCCGCAGCUGGUGCGACGCAUCGGUGGCGCGAUGCACACGCCGGUUAACAAGGGGCUGGCACGCUUCUCGCCGAUGGCUGGCGAUAUGUUGGAUGUGAUGCUGCCUAACGGACUGGGCGCAGCGGCGGCGGCAGCCACCACGCUGGCCAGUGGACCAGGCGGCGCCUAUCCCAUCUUCAUCUACAAUUUGGCGCCCGAGACCGAGGAGGCGGCCCUGUGGCAGCUAUUUGGUCCCUUCGGGGCAGUGCAAUCCGUGAAGAUCGUCAAGGAUCCCACAACGAAUCAGUGCAAGGGCUACGGCUUCGUCUCCAUGACGAACUACGACGAGGCGGCAAUGGCCAUCCGCGCCCUGAAUGGUUACACUAUGGGCAAUAGGGUACUUCAGGUCAGCUUUAAGACCAACAAGGCCAAGUAGGAGAUGAUCCCCGAUCCGCGAGGAUGGGAGGCCCGAAAUUACAUAUAGUCUACACUAUAUUUCCCACAUCCGCAGUUCCCUUACGCCGCCUCCACCCCCCGCCCCCGCCCCCCACACACACACAACCUCACAAACACCACACUCACACCAACACACAUAUAUAAAUAUGCAUGGUAUAACGGUAACUAAGCGCAACAAAGAGUAUGUGUAAAACACACACGAAACCAAAAAAAAAAAAAAAACGAGAAAAGAGAAAGAAAGUAAAUGCAAGAGCCCUCGUUGAAGGGUAGCAGGAGGUGGAGGACUGACACUGACUCUCUCUCAAGCGUCGACACAACGAAAGGGGCGGCCCAUCCUCGUAAAUCCUGAACACCCUGUAAUCCGUAUUAAAAUCCCCCAAAAAAUCCAAUCCAAAUCCCAAAGAAUCAUCCGCCAAAAAACCGUUGCAAUAGCAAAAUUCUUCUUGUUUAGCAUUUAAGUAAAGAAUCAUAAACUAAAACAAAACGAAACAGCUGAAGUGAGAGAGAGAGUAAUACGAGUAGAAAGGAGAAGAAGGAGUAGAUGAAGGCAUAAAGCAUAACAAAGAAAUCAACAAAACGAAGUAAAGCCCCCAAAGAAAACUUGAAGAAAAUACAUUUAAUUCUAAAAACAAACUCCAAACUAGCAAAAGGAAACAAAAACAAGCAAACAAUUUUAAAAAUGUAUUAACAUUAAGUAAAACAGCAAUGAAAUCUUCCAAAACAAAACAAAACAAAAAACCAAUACUGGCAACAGGCAAGAAAUCUGUUAGUUACACUCUAAAAUUUUUCUACCAUUAGCGAGGAAUAUCGAGAAGGUACUAAUAGAGUUCAGUGUCUAGGCUAUAUGAUUACAAUAUAGGGCGUGUGUGUGUGUCCGAAGGACAUCGGUUUGGCUUGAGGCUGCAGGGAGAUUCUGGCAAAGUAUUUGAAGAUUCUAUAUAGUAUAUGUAUACUCAACAUGGAGGCUGCUACAGUAUUACAAGAGAAACAAAAAGCUACAUACUUAAGCGAUGUGCAACAAAAAGUUCAAUACUUCUAAAUAUACGUGUAUAUAUAUAUGCAUACAUAUAUAUAUAUAUAUAUCUAAUCGCAUGAUAGUUAUAUGUCUACCAUAUAGAUAUACACCUACAUAUACAUACAUAUUUAAAUGUGUAUAAAAAUUUACAAAUUUUUUUAGUGCUUUUUUUGUGUGUUUCUUGACAUUUAAAGUGGAGAUUAGGGAGUAGAGAGAUGUGAAAGAUGAGAGGAAAGCCAGACCCAGAUCAAGCUAAAUUUGUGUCCUUUACACACACACAAGCAAAAACAAACACAAAAAAUACACACGAACACACACACACACACACACACAUUAUAGCAGUUAGAACUGUAAAAACUUGGCUAAAAAAAGAAAGAAGAAAGCAAGAAAGAAAAGCAAGAGUAAUACAAUAAUUUAUGCGCAAAUUUGAAAUGUUUUACUAAAGUAAAUAAUUGUUAGUGAAUAUUAAUACUUAAACUAUGUCAAGUGUGUGCAUGCAUCUAUAUGGAUAUAUGGAUAUAUGAUAUAUUUGAUAUAUAGAUAUAGAUACGUGCAACCUAUAUAUAUACAUACAUACUUUAUCUAAUGUAUAGUUCAAGGAGCAAGUAAGCGUCGAAUAUUUGCUAAAACCACACAGUUUUUUUAGCGUUUAAACAAAAGACAAAAGCGUAGCACAAAACUAUAAAAACUAAAAACUAAAAAAACAAGUACAGCCACCACAAAAACAACAACAAACCAUUUUUAUAUGACAAAAGUUGAAAACAAAGAAAAUGAAACGGAUAAAAUUAUGUAUGACAUAGGUGUAAACAAAAGCAUUAGCAAAGCGUUUUCUCUAGCAAAGUAAGUUAAGCGAAAAGUUAGAAGUCAAACGAGAUGGGAGAUCAGAACCCUACCCCUAGCACAUCCACCCGUACUACCCCAAACCCCCAAAAACUUUUGUGUUGAUUUAUCAUCAGUUUUAUUCACUUGAGAACUUUUGUUUGCUUCUGUUGAUUGUUAAGCGAGAGAGUGGACACACAAGAAGAACACAAUUACACACAGAUAUAUUGUAAGCCAUAUAUGAUUUCGAUUCUGAAUUCUGUAUUUCGAUUAAGUUUUGUUUGAUUUCUUUGUUUGCUUUGUGUAUAAAUCGGAAAUGGAGGCUCCUGCAUACGCAUACCCCGAACAGAUCCAUGAACAGAACCGAACCCAUAUCCUGACAAGAACGGACCUCAUCCAAAAUCCUACAUAAACCUGACCCAGACCCGGACCAAACCAAACCAAACCUUAACCCAAACCCAAACCAUGCAUAUUUAUAACAAUUUUUUGUGUUUUGAUCUAUAUUGAUUUCUUUAUGAAACUAUAGACAAGCCCCCGACCCUGAACCCCGCCCUCGCCCCUUCCCCAACCAAUGAGAGUGCGCGAAUUUGAUUUCUCUCUCCCCGAAUAGUGAAAAUUAUUAACUUAAGUUUUGAUCAAAACCAAACCGAACAGAACCGAAUCCCUAGCAAGGAGGAGGAGGAGGUGGAGCCAAUGAAUUCUGCUUAUGAUUAAUCUACCUAGCUCUAUAGAAUAUAUAUAUAUGUUUACCAUAUAUCCCUAAAUAUAGUACCUUUUUUUUGUAACUGUAGGCUGAACAAGAAAAGGAAUUAUUUUUUGUUUCUUUGUUUGUUUGAACAAAAUUUGCAACAAGAAAUCUAGUCAGAAGAGAAUGAAGAGAAGAAGAUGAUGAUGGUGGAAGAGGAGCACCAUAAAGUGGAUGUAGAGAAGCUUGAAAGAAUAUUUGAGGCAGCAGUAAAGGAUAGGAAAGAGAGAGAGAGAGAGAGAGAGAGAGAGUUAAAUUGAAGAUCAAACCAAAAGUACUAAGACAAUUUAUAUCUAAAACUAAGCAUAGCGAAAUGAUUGAUUUAUUGAUUGAGCCAAGCCCACACUCCCUCGCCCCUCAAAACGCAGCAGAGAGCAAGCAAAAAAGUAAUGUAAUGAGAUCAAGUCCUUACACUCUUCUACUGAUUUUUUGCUUGCUUGCUGUUUCUGCCCUGCUAUACAUUUUUAAACAAUCUGCUAGUUUAUUUAUAUAGCACACGACACAUAAUACAGAUAUGAAUAUAUAGUAUGUAUAUCAUAUAGAGGAAAGUGCAAUGCAAUUUUAAGAAAUCCGUUUAAACUGAAGAAUAAUGUGCGUGAUUUUUUAAAAUUUGUAUUCGUAUUCAUAUGCCCGUACAUAUAUGUGAAUAUUUAUCUAUAUAUAUCUUUGUAUAUGUGUUUGCUAUAUAUAUAUAUAUUUCAUAUAUAUAUAUUUGAAUUAACCCAUUCUUUACCUUACCUUAUCUAUAUGUAUGCUUAUUUUUUUGUCAUCAAUGAUUUAAUUAAUUGUAAUUUUUGUGCAAUAGAUUGCAACUUACGACAACAGCAACACAUUUCAUGCAUCUCAAUCUAACAAUUACAAAUUAUAAUUUCAGUAAGUAAAAAAGAAACAAAAAUGAAGAAAAAAAAUAGGGAUCAGAAAAAUCAAAAAAAAAAAGAAGAAAAAAGAAUGUGAAGGAUACGAAAGGUGGAAUCGGAGGAUCGGCAACGAUCGUGCAGUUAAACCCCAUUAAUAUUCUAUAAAAUCAUAAAACAACAAGAUCAAGUUAUACAAGAAAUCAUUUUUUUUUCUGCGUGUAAUUUUUACAAGUGUAAGCCAUUUUCUAUGUACAUUAUGUCUGUUCAAAUGGAUAUGCAUAUUAUUUAUAUUUAUACCUCUCAUACUUUUUUCUUUACGUAUUUUAAGUGAGCGAACAAACAACCGACGAGAAAGAACCGACGUAAACAAGAGCGGAAAACAGAACAAACUUAUUUAUUGUAUUUUUUAUGAAUUAUGUAAUUUAAUGUAACGCAAUUUGAGUUCGAUAUUCCUUUGGUUUUCGACCAAAGCGAAGAGGAACCUGAUGAAGAAUAUAGGCUAAUUCUACACACAAACACACACUUUGACACACACAAACACACACUUUGACACACACACCCACCCACACACGAACCCAAAAAUGCAGCGGGAGAGAGAAUAUGGUGAAAGAUGGAGGAGAAAGCGAGACCGCUAUGUGGCACAACCAGAUGCAACUCUGGACCAAUGUUUCAAUUCACUCGUUCCUCCAGCUAUAUCUUUUUCCCUCUCCCUCUUUUGGCCCUUCUAUAAAAUUUAUAUUUUGUUUAAUUUUUAAUUUUAAUUUUGUAUUUUAUAAUUUUAUGUUUUCUUGAUCCAAAUUUAAUUUUUAACAUUGUUUCAAGCUGGCUUUCGAUUUGUAAAAGAACAAGUAGUACUUUUAGAAAUGUACCUAAACGCGAUGUACAAUCCAUACAAAUCGGAACAUCAAAUCAAAUCGAAUGACAAUUACAAUUACAAUUAUGAUUAUGUUAUGAUUUAGUUUGAUUUUAUUUUUCAGUUUCAUUUUUAUGUAUUUUAUGGUUUUUGAUUUAACUUAAAGCAAACUCUAAUUGUGGAACCGUGCUCGACUAUGAUUAUAUCCAUUAUAUUUACGUUUACACUUAUUAUUUCAUUUAAUUUCCGCACCGAACACGUAACAAGAGCAAAAAGCCAAAACGAAAAAAUUUUCAAUAAAUGAAACACUUGAUGAAAA